AUGAGCUCUACUUUGGAAGAAAGAUUGAAAAACAAUUCAAGUGCAUUUGAUGGUUUACUUUCAUUAAUACCUGCUAAAUAUUACUAUGAUGAUGAUACCCAAAAUCAAUGGAAGGCCAAAAAGCAAUCAAAAGAAGAAGCUAAGGAGGCUAAGAGAGCUAAACUAGAUCCUGUACAAUCUGAACAAUCUGAUCAAAGUGCAUCUGCCUCCCAAGUCUUGAAGAAAAGGGCCAAAACUGCUAAACCAGUCGUUAUUCCUGGUAGUAAGCUAAUACAGAAACCAAUAGUCGAGGAAGAAAAUGAUGAUGAAGAGGAAGAAGAGGAAAUCGAAGAAGAAUCAAAUGAAGAAGAAGCUAAACCAGUCAAACAAACCAAUCAAAAGAAAGAUCAAAAGAAAGAGGUGAAACCAAAGGAUAAAUCACAAAAAGUUAAUGGAUUUGACGAAGAAGAUGAGGAAGAAGAAAAUAUUAACAUUAUGUUUGACGAUGAAGGAAACGAAGUUGAUUUUGAGCAACCAAAACCAAAAGACGAAAGCACUGGUAACUCAGUGGAAGUGAAAGAGGAAGAAAAGAAGAAGAAGGAUGAAUCCAUCAAAUUACUCAGAGAAAAGCUUGCAUCAAAAAUCAAUGCUUUGAAAGAGAAGCGUAAAGCUCCUGGAUCAAAAGCUGCAGGUGCUCCAUCCUCAAGAGAAGCUAUUUUAGAAGAACGUCGUAAAAAGGCUGAACAAAAAGCUGCUCAAAAGAAGAGAAAAUUAGAAGAACUUGAACAAGAUGACGAUGAUAACAGUGACGAAGAUGAAGAAAGUGAUGAUGGUGAAGAAGAUGAUGGAAUGAGUGCUGAUAAUGUGUUAUACCAAAAUAUUAGAUUCAAUGAUGACGAAAGAACUACUUCAGAUUUACAAAAUCUUAGAAAACAUUCAAAGAAAAAAGGUCCAGCAAAGAAAGACUUGAAAGCUCAUUUAAAAUUAGUUGAAGCUAAGAAACAAAAAUUAGCACAAUUAGAUCAAUUUGAAUUGAAAGAACAAAAUGAAAAAGAUAAAUGGAAUACUGUUAUUGCUCAAGCUGAAGGUGAAAAAUUGAGAAAUGAUGAAAAACUGCUUAGAAAAGCAUUGAAAAGAAAAGAUGCACAAAAAAGAAAAUCUGAAUUUGAAUGGAAAGAACGUAAAGAGACUGUUGAAAAUUCAAUUAGUGCAAAACAAAAGAGAAGAGAAGAGAAUUUACAAAUCAGAAAGGAUAACAAAGGUAUCAAACGUAAGAACCAAGCAAAGCAAAAGAGAAAAUUCAAAGGUGCAAUUGUUCCAAAACGUGCAGGUUUUGAAGGACGUAGAUCUCGUAAAUAA